AUGAAAGUAGACCAUGUGGACUUUCUUGAGCCCAAGAACAUAAAGGAACAGGAUGCACAGACGGCUUUGCAGCAUCGGGUCCAGAGGGCGGUCCAGGACUAUGUCCUCAAGUCCAUCGGAGAAGGCAAGCUCAGCAACAUCAAGAGGAUAAUGGAACACAGAGAGUACCCACAACUCACCCAGUCUCUCCCAGCUAGACCUGGUCAAGGACCUGGGAUUAGUAUACAUCCCAAUCAGCCAAAACAUAAUUUCAAACAAUGGAUUAUGAGGACUAGAAGAUAUUCUCGUGAUAUAGAUCUGGAUGGGUUCAUCACAUCAUCACUGAACAUUCUUGAAGAGGGUCAACGUGCUGAUAAGAAAGAAUUGAAAAGAGAAAGAGGGAACCAUUACAAAGCUGCUUCAAAGACUUACGGGCAAAUACCUGCCACGCCCCGUCCCCCAUCAGUCAAAUUCCAGAGCACUACCCCUCGCAAACCCCUCCUAAACCUCAGCACACAAUCCAUGACAGGAGGGAAGACAAAACGCACCCAUACACCACCCACCCCACCCCUACAGGCAAGAAGAUCGAAAUCAGUUGCAUACGAGGCUCAAGCUGCUGCAUUGGCUGGGUCAGAUGAACAGAGACCGGUGCUCUCUAGAUCAAAGACAGCUCCUGGAAAGGGAAAAUUCUUAUUGGCUGAAAUGAUUGGUAAAGAGAACAGAAAUAAAAAAGAAGACGAAAAGGCGGUUAAAGAAUCGCUUCCGGUUGCACAACAAUCUGACAAUCUAGCCCCAAGAAUGAAGGCUUGGGUCGAGGGAGCCACAGAUUUCGAAAAAGACGUGGCAUACAACAUGCUUCAAUCUCUCAACGGCAACCAACCUGUUCCUCGGCCAGCAGCUCCUGCAACCUCUAUGAUGAAUCAGGGUCGGAUGGGACCAGCUAACAGCAGAGUCCCAGCAGCCACGCAUGUCUAUGUUCCACCGUCACCAGCCCCUAGACAACCAGUACCUAACAGAAAUGGAAGAGAUGACACCCAAGUCCAGGCCUGGAUGAAACAACUAAGAGAGAAGCUAGAGCUGCAACAACCAGGUCUGGACAUCCGCCAGCUCCCCAAGUCCUUAGCAGCAUCCCACCCACAAGCCCCUCGGAAGAAGAGGGUCACUCUCCCCGAGGAGUAUCGGCAUGAGAAUAGCCAUUUUAUGAUGACGAAGCCGACAUACCGACGUCAUUUUAUCAUCGCACCUGAUUGGGUCUCUGAGAGGACAUCUCAUCGUCGACUUCAACAGCAGGGCUGGGCCAGAAAGAACCGAAUCGGUAGUCAAGGUGUAGGCUAUUGAAUCAACGGUUUAACAUCCUAAGAUCUCAGUCACACUAAACAAGCCAACUACAAACCGAUAAAAAUGAUAACGUUAUAAAGUUAUAACUGCACUGAGUAUUACCUUCGGUCAAAUGGGCACCACCAAACCCACAAUUACUAUGUAAAACCAAGGCAUUGUGAAGUUGGUGGUCUGGUUUAACUCCUGUUGGUGUGACUGAGGUCUCCAUCGAUGUUAUUCUCUGUUAUACGAUAAUGUUGUAAUUGAGUAUCAUGACACAUAAACUCUAAAAUUUACAAAUGCUAAAAUGGGAUCGGACCUGGCUACAGGGAAACCGGUUAUUAUUCGGUAUGCAAUUCGUAGUCGAAUGGUAUUAUUUUGAUUGCGGCCUUUGAAAGUGAUUGCAUAGCGUGCAGUUUGAUUGUGUCAUGGCACUUAUUUUGUUUACAGUAAUUCAUACUGGUUUUACUUUUGUUUUCUUGCGUUACCCUUAAAGCGGCAAAUUUUGGAAUGAGACAACGGAAUUUAUUUCGGAAAUUUGAUAGGAGAGGCUAGAGGUUGUGGUGGAUAGAACAAUCAUUGAUGGGAAAUGUUCCCAAAAUGCGAGAGUACAAAGCGAAGGAAUAGCAUUUCGGUUUGGGGUAGUGAUAAUUGUAUUGUUUCUCUGCUCCUUUGUGUUGUGGUAAAUAACUUAGGGUGUAUUUUCAUUCGCAAGGCGUUGUAAUUUUGGGUGAUAAACCAAGUUGUAGACCUCUUCAAUUACAAGAUUAUUUUUUUCGCUCCAAUGGAGUGUGGUUGAACUUAACUUUUGUGAUCAUUUAUUGAAUUAUGUCAUGUUGGGCAAAUGGGGAGGGGGUUACUGCUCUUUACCAUGUGAAUAUGGUGACGGAAAAACAGACAGCAUGUCGCUGCCAAAAAAAAAUGGGCCAGUAAAACAACGGUUUUAUCUUAAAUCAAUGUGAAAUAUGAAACAUAAUUGUCGUUUGAGAAAACUGCGAGUGGAACUGUAAUCUUAAUUGACCGAUGCCAUUUUGUUACCAGCAGGUCUUGAUCUACAAGUCAUCAAAAAUAUCAAAUAAAUUGAGUGCAAUGUUUAGUCGCCAAUUUAUCAUGUAAAUCUGGAAAAAUCACCUGGAAAAUCAUUAAAAUCAUAAAUCAAAAUACUGCCAUAUCGUCCUCUAACUAAUUAAUUAUGAGUGAAUGAAUGAAUUUCAAUGUAUUUUUUUUUCAUAUUUAAGGAUUGUAUACUUUAUAUUAUGGUAUUUAAUAACCUUAUACAGUAUCAAACUCCGUCCUUUUCUGAAUAUACGCAAUCUUUACCUGAUCUUUCAAUUUUUUUAGUUAUUAAGUAUAAUUUGUAUUUAUCAAGUAACACCUGAAAUGAGAAAAAAAGUAUUAGCAGUUUAAUGAUGAUUAAACCAAGAAGAGACUUAACAGUGAGAGCAAAUAUUUGUAGUGUGUGAAACAUAUUUAAAUUGAUUUCAUAUUUUGCUGUAUUGUAUUCGAAAUAAUUAUGGAGUCAUUCUUUCGUAUAUCUUUCAUUUCUUACAUACUUUAAAACAGGAAAACAUAUUUCUCAUUUAAAUUGUUAUCGAUAUGACUUAAUGUAUUUUUCUUAAUUCGAAAGACAGAAAACUGCAUUCUCGAUGAGCAUAUAUUAUUUUGAGAUACAAGAGAGAAUAUCGUCUAUUUUAUGUAUAUAUCAUGCUUUAUUGUAAACAUGUCAUUUUUAUUUUUGUACGAAUACAUUGUUAUAAUUGUAAUUGAGAAAUAAAUUGCUUAAUUAAUAUUCUGCAUUUAGUUCUUGAGAACUAGCAGAAAAUCACUUGAGAAUAGACUAUGCAAGAUGAGUUAUAGUAAUAGAAUGAAAAGUAUAAUUGAGUUUGUUUUGUUAAAAUUAUCUAACCUGAAAGUUCAUCUUUUCCUUUCUUUCAAUAAGCCUUCGCUAAUAUAGAUAAAUACCUUUGCACGGUAACUCUUCUAAAAGUUUUACAAAUCAAUAUUUUAACAACUAACAAAUUUCUGUUCUUGCAAUUCAUUUACUUGUCUGAGUAUUUGAACGACAAAAUUGAGAGCAAAAUGAAGUACGAACUAAGUUUACAUACUCUACAGAGUGUAACAAAUUUGUGCAGAUGGAUAAGUGUAGAUCACUUUUGUUAGAAUUGAUAUACUUUCAUGGUUAUACAUAAUCAAAUGCUUUCAACAAACCCUCAAAACCAUGACCAUCGAAAUGAACGUGAUGAUCUUCAUGGCUUUAUCAUUUUCUUAUAACAUUUGUGAUAAUAUAAACUUUAAAAAGUCAAAUGCGUUUGAAAUAAUCAUAAUGUCAUUAUCUCAUGUUGGUACAAGAGCUUUGAUCAAUGUUUAUAAUGGAUGUUAUUAUGUAGAAGCUGGUUUCUUCUACUUUCUUGCAAAUUCAAGAGCAUAUACACGCUUGUAAAGAAAAAGAGUACCUAUUAUCAUUAAACAUCACUAAAUCGAGUAUUUACCAUUAUGAUGAAUUACUGUAGAAUAUCAUCUGCAAAGUCACAAACGUGUGUGAAAGAAAACAAUUAUCUAAUUGAAUGCUGGAAAUAAUUUCUUAUAAUUAUAUGAAUAUGCUUGUAUUUUUCAGACGAGUUAUUACAGUUUUGAGAUAAUAACGCGUUGAAUACGUCUGGGAGUUUUCGUUUUAGGAGUUAUAUAUAUAUAUAGUUAUAUAUUACUUGCUCAUCCCAAGAACAUGAAAAAUAUUACCCUUAUAACAGGUAUAAACAGGAGUUGUCUCUAGAUAAAUUUUAUUGACUCCCUGAAUUUGUAUUAAAUUACAAACAGUUUGACAACAUAAGAAUGAGGAACAUCGGUCACCUAAAUUCCAUUUUUACAUGAAAAAAUAACAGAUAACAGAAGUCAUAAAAAUUGACAUUUUCUCAAACGUAUCCAAUCAAGUAACUUUCGAAAGUUGUCUGCGCGCCAUCUACAACAGUAUAUAUGGAAAUUUCAUAUCGACUGUUUUUUUUUCACUUUGAACAGUCACGUUUGCGUACCUCUAUUUUUCAUAGAUCAUAUUUUCAACUUGUUUGCAAUCAUUUAACGAUUAAAUGUAAUCACUAAUUCUAUCAAUCAACUGCAUGUGUAUGUGUGCUGAGAACGCAAUAAAAAUAAUCAUAACGAUAAUCAAACAAA